GAGGUAUAAGAAGGGGAGUGAUUUCAAGUUUCAUUGUCAGAUGUCUCUUCUCCUGAGAGGAGGUAUCAGACAUCUGGCUACAAUGGGUUCAAGGCAAACGACGCGGAUAGAACUGCCAGGGUAUUCCCUGCGCCUGGACUACAAACCACCAAAGAGCGCGAACAGCAUUGAAAGUGCGGUGUUCCCGAAUGCUUUAGACUAUGCAGAUAUUGAAGGUGGCUAUGUUGGCCAUAUCAAUACGAAGAGAGAAAUUAUCAUGAUGCAGUUGAUGGACGCCAUUGCAGAAAAGCCCGAGUGGGAUCGUAAGGUCUUUGACGAAGAAAUUACAUCCAAGUGGCGGAACGAGAUCUUGAACUCGGACCAGGAUGUAACCCCCAAAAUGAUGGAUUGGAUUGUCAAGGAAAUGCAAUGGAAAGCAGGCACCCUCAAAAAGGACGGGUUGAUCUCUGUGUUUGAUAUUGGCGUCGUCCGCUCCGACAGUGCGGUUAAUUCUGAGCUCCGGAAGGCCCUGCUUGAAGCGGUAGCCCCUCUGGAAGAUGUCCCAGAUAACAAGAAAGAUUAUCAUCCGGGGUCGGACAUGAAGGUGGUGGAUUUGGUUCAUCCAUCACUCUUCCCGGUGGUCUAUGGCCGCACACGUAUUCUUCCUGAUAGGUUGAUCACCGUUGAGGACUGCCUAGAUAGUAUUGGACAGGGAGAGCUGCUCCCAAUUCCCUCGGAGGAAGAAGCCGAAGGUCCUCAGCCUACGUAUGGAUGGAGACGCAACUCACCGCCGCCUUACAGCCGGAAAUUCCAAUGGCUUCCCUGUGAUGUGAAAUUCACCGACGAGGGAGGGUGUCGCAUUGUUUCGUAUAUUAACAAUGUCCACCCUGUGAAAUGUCGGCCGCUCUACAGUGUAGUGGAAAGGAUUAUUGCAAGUGCGAUCCCGCUCUGGGACGAGAGCUUAACCGAAAGACGAUCCUAUGGGGAUGAGCAGCGGAUUCCCUACACCCAAGUCGAGUAUUUGGAGAGCAGUACCCCAGAGCCUGAGCAGAAUGAAGAAGAUGGUGACAAUGAGGAUUAUUGGGAACGCUACGAGGAAUGGGAAAGGUCCCGUCCAAUUAAGCUUCCUGAACCCGGCGAAUUCAAACCCCCAAAGGCGCCAUGGAGGGGGGAGGUGCGCCUACGGGACAAGUUCCGUGAAAAGGGUCUCCAGGUCAUUGUAAAAUUAGCAAACAUCGAACUUACCCCGGAGAAGCCGGAAUACGAUGGCGGUUCGUGGCAUAUCGAAGGACAGCUGAACGAAAGGAUCUGUGCGACGGCGAUAUAUUACUACGAUAGUAUGAAUAUCACCGAAAGUCGACUUGCCUUCCGCCAGCGGGCUUCUUCAAUUGAUGAUGUGCAUUACCCCCAAGGACAGCACGAAUUCCUCCAGGCUGUCUAUGGAUUUGGGCCAGAGGUGGAUGGCUACAAUAACGCCCAAAUCACCCAAGACUUGGGAAGCGUGGUGUGCCGUGAAGGGCGGUUGGUUACAUUUCCUAAUAUCCUGCAGCACCAAGUAGCUCCCUUUGCGCUAGCAGAUCGCUCAAAACCUGGUCAUCGCAAGAUACUGGCGCUCUUCCUGAUUGAUCCCCACUUGCGCAUCAUUUCGUCAGCGAAUGUCCCACCCCAGCAGGAGGAGUGGGAUAGAGAGUGGCAGGAAACGGUCCACAAGGUGCUGUCCGAGAGACUCCCCGCUGAGCUGCAGAACAUGGUGGCAGAAAAUAUUACCAGCUACUCCAUGAACAUGGACGAAGCCAAGGAAUACCGGCUAGAGCUAAUGGAGGAGAGGAGCGCAACCCAAGCGGAACGAAACACCACAUUCGAGACGGGAAGAUUCUCCUUAUGUGAGCAUUAGGAAGGCUACCUAGAUACGUAUGUAUGGUAGUUACCUAGGUAGAUGAGUUUCAGUACACAUUCGAUUUGUCAGAACUAUAUACUUGUGCCCGAAAAUACACGUCUCCAAAAUCCAUUUUCAUUCUCGAACGGGAGCAUCGCUGCUUUUCUUGGAACUCAGGAUGAGCUAAG